AUGGUGGCGCACGUCAGCAAGUUGGUAUCUAAAAGGUGUCCCUGUGCCGUCAAAGCGAAGAAACUCCAGAUUGCCAGUUGCUACUCCAAGUUCCGGGAAGACAGGCAGUUUACAGCGUUGACUUCUUUGCGGAAGGAACUAGUGCAGCUGUCCAAGGAAGACGCUGACAGAAAGGUUUUUAACAUCUUGGCACAAUUGGACCCUGUGACGCAGCGGCCAGCUGAUGCUGCGGCCAACAAGCUCCAUUUGCUGGGGCGCCGAGUGUGCUUGAAAGGUUUGGGCCACCUCUUGGGCAUAGGUUCAAGUCGAUUGUUGAGGUUGCGCGCGGGGCUUAAGCAAGGCGACUUUACUUGCCCUUUGGAUGGACGCUUGCGAAAAGCUGGGCGUGCACUAGUGAACUCAGGCCAGAGUCAGAGUCACAAACGAGAGCUCGUGCACCAGUUCCUAGCCGAGAUGUACGUGCGCCAUUCGGAGCCAAUGCCUGAGGUAUCUUCAGCUCACAACAACCGGGCUCAGUCAGACAAGAGUCUGCGAUUCCGGCGGGUGAAGGGAAAAAGACGAAGGAUGAUGAAGAAACGUGACACCAAGCUCACACCAUCCCAAGGACAGGAACUUAGGCUUCUUCCCCCGGGUUCUUAUGUAGACUGGCUGCGGCUCUUCAAUGCACGGAAUGAACUCUGCCAAGUAAGCUUCAAGCUCUUCUGCCGAGUUUGGGAAGAGAGCUUCUCGAAUUUGCUUCGGGUUCGUGCGCCCUCCCAGCAUGGGAAAUGCUCGACGUGCUUUCAGCACAAGGAGAUCAUUCGGAAGUUGGGCUCCAAUGAGAGUGCUCGCCAAGCGCAGAUCAAGUUGUGGGGGAACCACAUGGAGAGACAGUCCCGCGACCGAAAUGUCUACUGGAACGCCAGGGCUUUAAGCCGCCUGGGAUGUGACCAAGAUGGCAAGCGGAUCCUCACACUGAUCUUGGAUUCUAUGGAUCACAGCAAAUGGAUGAUUCCACGGUCGAAGAUCUUUGGAAGCAAAGCUUUCUCUGGCAUGGUGCGGCCAUGCAUGGGGUGCACGGGGCUUCUGGCCCAUGGCCACUUGGUGAUGGUGGCAUUUUCUGAAGGCCACAUUGUGAAGGGCGCCAACUGGACAAUUGAGUUGCUAUCGAUUGCAUUACAGAAGCUGGCGACUGUCAUCGACUUACGCGAGUAUUCCCUCCACAUACAGGGGGAUAACUGCAGCAAGGAGCUGAAGUCAAACUCAAUUUGCAGGUAUCUCGCCCUCCUCACCUCUCGCCACCGCGUGAGGAAUGCGCGUCUCAUGUGCUGUGCCUCCGGGCACAGCCAUGAAGACAUCGAUCAGUUCUUUUCAUUGCUCGGUGCAUUCCUCGAAGUCCAGACAGAGUUGCACACCCCAAACCAGUUCUUGAAUGCACUUUGCCAGUAUUUGGCCAAUGCUUCUGUACGCCCUCUUGAAAGCAUGCGUGAUGUUCGGAAGAUUGAUGUUGUUCGCGCCUGGUACACUGGUUGCAAUGCAAGGGUUUUGGUAAUGUGUUGA